AAGCGCUAUGUCAAGGAAGUGAAGGAUCACAAGAGGUCAUGUGACAUUGUCACCCUGCAAGAGAGAAAGGAAGCAGAGGUAACAAUAAUAAGGAUGGUUCAAGAAGCGGCGUUCGCUCAGGAAAUAAAAACCUUACAACAUCAUGAAGUGAUGCAGACCAAUGACAGGGUCAACAAGCUACACAAGUUAUGUCCAUUUCUUGACGACCAUGGCAUUCUUCGGGAAGGCGGACGCUUGAUGCAUGCUGCCUUGCAUCCCGAUGUCAAGCAUCCUGUGAUCCUGCCAAGAAACAGUCACGUGACUGCGUUACUCGUCAGACAUUAUCACGUGAAGACUUACCAUCAAGGACGAGGAAUCACUAUGAAUGAGCUUCGAGCUAACGGAUUUUGGAUACUUGGAUGCAGUAAGAUUGUUUCAUCCUGUAUCUAUAAAUGUGUAAAAUGCAGGAGGUUCAGAAGACCCACAGAGCAGCAGAAGAUGGCAGACCUCCCGGAGGACCGGAUGGAAACUGCACCACCAUUCACCUACUGUGGGAUGGACUGCUUCGGUCCCUUUUUUGUCAAGGAAGGCCGCAAGGAGUUAAAGCGUUAUGGAUUGCUAAUCACCUGCAUGUGCUCCAGAGCAGUACAUCUCGAGAUGCUUGAUGAUCUGUCUACAGCUUCCCUCAUCAACUCUUUACGUGCAUUCAUAGCCAUCAGAGGUACAGUUCGACAAAUAAGGUGUGAUCAAGGCACGAACUUUGUAGGCACCAGAAAUGAGUUUGUUGAAGCAUUUAAAGAAAUGGAUCAAGCAAAACUGGGAAAACUGGACUGCGAGUUUCUCAUGAACAUCCCAGCGUCAAGCCACAUGGGUGGCAUCUGGGAGAGACAAAUCCGCACCAUAAGAAGUGUACUCACAUCAAUCCUGGAACAAUCAGGCAAACAACUCGACAGCUCCUCUCUAAGGACGUUCCUGUAUGAAGUCAUGGCAGUUAUCAAUAGCAGACCAUUGACUACUAACCAACUGUGUGAUCCAUCAAACCCAGAACCUUUAACACCAAACCACAUACUAACCAUGAAGUCCACGAUCAUCUCCCCACCUCCAGGAAGGUUCGUGAAGGAAGAUCUUUAUCUCCGUAAGAGGUGGCGUCGUGUUCAACUCCUCACCAACACUUUCUGGACAAGGUGGAAAAGAGAGUAUUUGUUGAAUCUCCAGAGUAGACAGAAGUGGACCAAAGAGCGUAGAAAUGCUAAGGUCGAUGAUGUUGUCCUCCUGAAGGAUGAGAUAACUCCACGCAACCAGUGGAAGUUGGCAAGGAUCAUUGAAGUUUACCCUGGUAAGGACGGAAGAGUGAGGAAGGUGAAAUUGUUGAUAAGUGAUCCAACUCUGGACAAAGAAGGAAAGCGUACCUCCAAACCUGUUCAUCUGGAGAGACCAAUUCAGAAGACAGUCGUUCUGAUAGAAGCAGAAGAAGAUUCUCAGCCUCACUCUGCCUAAAAUAUAGUUCAUAAUCCUUAAUUCAUAAGCAGUUCCUUAUUUCAUUGUUAAUAGUUUGUUCCUUUAAAAUCACAAGUGAUUGGUGGGAGUGUAACAGUAUUUACAUUUAAGUUUUCGUUGAGCUGUAUAUUUGAACUUGCUCUUUUGCACCACCUAGUGGUGGACUAUAGAAAGUACAAUUGUUUGUAGCUUGUGUUUCCACCCGAGCCCACUGUACCGAUGCACAUGCUAUGCGGGCUGCGGCGGCUGGUUAGCUCCACACAGAGAGAAAGAAACGCGGAAAGUUGAUAAGUGAAGAAAGAAGGGAGAAAGAAGGUGGAGAAGAAAAAACUAAGAUCGUUAAGGAUUGUUUAGCCCCUCCUGGAUGUCAGUUCACGAGUUCUCACGGGUUGUGAAGACAAGAAUAAACCCUGUUUUAUGAUUCUACGUCGU